AUUGGCACCUAACAACAACAGUUUUUAAUUGUUAAUAAAAGAUGGCACCCAAAAUUAAAAAAAAGAACAAAAUUAAAGUGAUCGGCUCCACACCUCAUCAUCACCUAUUUCAUUUCCCCUUUGCCUUUAUAAAGAACCCAAAUCCUCAUUUCAUCCUCCCCUUUCUCUCUUCUUCUUCUUCUUCUUCUUCUUCUUCCCUCUUCUGUUUAUUCUUCUUUUUCUUGAUUAUUAGGAUUCUUGCUUUAUAAACUUUCUUGUUUUUUUUUUCUUAAUGGGUUUCUUUGUAGAGGAUUCAGAUGUUAUAGUGACACAUCUUCUUUACAAGGCGGCUGUUAUUUUAGCAGUCGCGAGAUGGGCUUUGUCCUGGGCUCUUAGGUUUAGAAGCAGAACCUAUUUAUCUCCUUCUUCUUCUUCUAGCAGCAAUGAUUCUCUACACCAAUCUUGCGCUCUCCCUUCUUCGCAGCAGAUAAGGGACGGCCUGAUUUUAACAACUUUUGGCGAUAUCACUGAUAGGAUUUCAGGAGCUUGUGACACGUGUGCUGUUUGCUUAGGGCAGUUGAGUGAGCUUGAUGAAGUCAGAGAACUAAGGAAUUGCUGCCACGUGUUUCAUAAAGAAUGCAUUGAUAGAUGGGUUGAUCACGAUCAUGAUCACGAUGAUAAUCAUAAAACUUGUCCACUAUGUAGGGCCCCUUUGUUGACUGCCUCACAAAGCUUGGCUUGGAUUAACAAUAAUAAGUGUGAGCCCAGUUGGGCAGUAGAAAGAAUCCUCUAUCUUUUUGGGGAUGAUUUGUUUAUGCAGUACUAAACAGUAAUUGUUAUUCUCUCAAAAAAGAAAACGAAAUGGUAGUAAUUGUUAUAUUUGUAACAUUAAUUAGUGGUUUAGGAGCUAAAUAUCAAUUUUGUAUUGCCUGGAUUUUAUUGGCUAUUGAAUCUGUACAUAUUUGUUGCCUUUUUAA